ACUUAUAUGAGCACAAGUGAUUAGCUCCUCCAGGGGAUAUAAUAGCAGCUUAUAAGCAAAUACUACCAAGAAUUAUACGCAACGGAAGAUGGCCAUCGUUCAUCGUCCAACAUGGCUACAAUCUUACGCAAAAUAUUGGGUCGUCAGAACCUUGACCAAAAUUCAAAGAGGCCGAGCCACAUUUAUUUGUCGAUAUGAAGAUGAUGCAACAGUCGUUGUCGGAGAGAAAGAUACCGCGGUACCUGAUGAGUUGAACGCCACGAUUUACGUGGUUGAUCCCAACUUCUGGGUCAGAUUUUGUACAGCACUAGACUUGGGGUUGUCGGAGGCAUUCAUGUUGCAGGAAAUUGAGUGCCCCGAUUUGAACAAGAUCUUCAAUAUAUAUUUCAAAAAUAAAGACUACCUGGGUUUUGGGAAUCCCAUCUUACAAGCCGGCCAACGGCUGUCUCGUCUACUGUGGAGUCCUUCAAAUGAUGUCCAGCAAGCACGACUCAACGCUUCGGCACAUUACGACACAUCCAAUGAAUUGUUUGCUGCCUUUCUUUCACCCGAUAUGAACUAUAGUUGCGCUCACUGGACCGCGGACCCUGCUGAGACAUUGCAAACUGCCCAGGAAAGAAAGGUGGACACACUACUCAAGAAACUCCGUCUUACUUCCAACCAUCAUAUGCUCGAAAUUGGGUGCGGAUGGGGAGAUGUAAUGGUUAAAGCUGCGCAAAGGUAUUCUUGUCGGGUGACCGGGAUAACAUUGUCCAGCGAGCAAAAGGAACUGGUGGAGCAAAAGAUAAAGAAUGCGAAGCUAGACCAUCUUGUCUCCGUACUUCUCUGCGACUACCGGACAACUCCUGUACCGGACUCCGGCUACGAUCGAGUGAUAUCAAUUGGUAUGUUUGAGCAUGUUGGUCGAAAGUACUUGAAUGAAUAUUUCAGCACAAUUUCACGAUUAUUGAAUCCGACGACGGGUUUACUUGUCCUUGACGGUAUCACAUUUACUAACAAGAUGCAUGAAUCACGAUCUCCUGUAGAUACCUUCAUUGGUCGAUACAUAUUCCCCGGAGGCUACUUGCCUUCUAUCCACUUGUUGACUGAAGCCCUACACAAGGGAUCGAAAGGAACUCUGGAAAUUACUUAUGCAAAGAACAUUGGACCUCAUUAUGGGAAAACUUUGCUCGCAUGGAGGGAUAACUUUCUACGAAACUGGGAUAGGAUCAUGGCGGAUUAUAUGAGGAAGCAUCCAUCUGCAAGUAAGGAGGAUAUUGAAGCAUUUCGACGGAUGUGGCUGUAUUAUUUUCUCUCUUGCGAGGCUGGCUUUCGCUCCCGCGCGCUUGGUAACUAUGUCAUUUGCGCGGCCCGGACUCCUGAGCCUGCUGUUCCAUACACCAGUGCGGGCUUUCAGGAGAUGUUAGAUUGAGGAGGAUUGUAAAACGAGCUUUAUAAUAACUUGUUGGUGGGAGGAAUUAAAGAUUCGGAGGGGUGAAUUCUCUAAGGGAUACAAAGCAGAAUGCUCGCAGUUUCUUCUUGCACAUGAUUCAUGCAUCUUCAAUCAAAAGGAUGUUCAGCGAGCCCUAGUUCAGUAGCGACUUCAACGAUUUUUGGAAUUUAGGGGCCACCACUAGCCCUAUCCUCAGUAGCCAUAAUUAAAGCCCGCCUUUUUCAUG